AUGGCCGCUGGAACUAUGAAUCGGGAGGAGAUCGCUCAGCUCCUGACUGGCGCCCCUCCGGGUCGCCCGCUGCCCCUUGUGUACUUGGUCGACGACGACACCAACCCGACUGUGCGCAUCACUGCCUUCCUUCUGCGGCGCCGGGCUGGCGGCUUUAUGGUCGCCCUUCCGAAUCUGGAACAAGUUUCGGAGCUUCUGGCAACGUUGUCUUUGAGCACCCCGGAUGCCCAGCUGUAUUCCACAGAAGCUGCCAUUGCCUGCGAGACGCCACGUCGGCGCCCAGUCGGCGAUGUCACUUUGCUGCUUGCAGAUAUACCUUGGGCUUGGCUUGGGCUCUUCAGGCGAGGGACGGCGAUGCGCAGCUCUCCUUUGCAACUGCUCUCCAUCAUGUCAGGCUCCACCGUGGUGCGGCCUGUUUUGGAGGCUGCCUUGGAAGCCGCCGAGGUAUGGAUUGCAAGCGCGAUGGGCGAGCCCGAGCUUCAGGAGUCCAUGGGAGAGUAUGCUACUGCUGCGGAACAGGCGGAGCACGAGGCCAACAAGGCAGAGGACGAGGGCGAGGGACCCGACGCCGAACUGGCCCGGCUCCGGGCCCAGGUCGCGGCUUUGGAACUGGCGGCGCAGACGCAGCCUCCACCUGCUGCUGGUGCUCGCUCUGCUCGGGCCACUGGCGCGCAGACCCGGCGAAGCGCUCGCGACUUGUUCCCCGAGGCAGGCGGCACUGGGCUGACUCCUGGCGACUUGGCCCGCUUACAAGAGGCAGCUGGAGCACCGUGGCAGCUUGAGUGCCAAAGGAAGCGCCGCGAGGGAUGCUUACGUUCGGUGUCGGCCCAGAUACGGAGGCUGGCGGCGAUGGAACUGGGCGAGUCUGUGGAGGAUCCGCCGGCGAGUUUGCUUCGCACCUACUUCGAACGACGGAGUCCAGUGGGCGACUUCCGAACGCUCGCUUUAGCAGCACGCCGGUCGCAGAACCACGAGAUGGAAUCAUGGUUCACCAGGCUGGCCCUUUUCGUCGACCAGGCCGCCACCGAAGGCGGGCGAACCCAGCUCGCUUGGUUGCUUGGGGGCCUGCCGGAACCUACCUGGACGACGAUGGUCCGGAAAAGGCAGGGGCUGAAGCCCUUCUCGAAAAUGUGUCCAUCGCUGUGGGCCAGCGCCAACAUCGCAUACCUCAAGGAGCUGGACUGGAUCGGUUCGCGCAUGGCGUCUCAGGCCGGCGGGGGACAGCAGAAGGACGAGGGCGACGCGGAUGCCGCUCCCUCAACGAAGCCGCCGCGGAGGGGACAGCUAACUUCUGAGAGGACUGCAUGUGAGACCGGUCGAGCGGAGCUCGGCCCGUCUAUAGCCGCCACCGGCGUGCCUUUGAAUUCAGAGUCGCUUUCUUUUGACCCGGCCGGGGCUGACCCCGCCGGUCCGCGGGCUGAGCCGAUGGGAGCUGCUGAUACCAAUGCGAUCUGUGGCCUGUUCCGAUGCCCGCCUGGGCUCGAUGGACGGCUCAUGCACAAUAUAGGGUGCCUUAACUGGCUUGCCUUGGGUUGCCCUAGUCGACCGCCCGACCGCGCUUGCGUCGGCACCGCCUUGACCGAAAGCCAGCGCGGCGUUCUUGAUACUUUGGAGCGGCACUGCUUGCAUUUCUUGCGUGCGGGGCGCUUCGCAUCUUCAACCUUGGGUCGCAGCUCUGAAAAAUUCGAUCUCUUGUUCGGCUUGGCCUUGGAACUGCCGCAGUGUGACUUAGCUCCCGCUUCGGAUGUGGACCGCAUGCUGAACCAAUUUGUUUCUGCGUUGCAUGCUGACUGGGACACGUACACUAGGCCCCGGCCCUUCCCUAAGGACCCGCCGUCCUCCCAAGAUGAUCCCUCUCAGGCCACUACGCGCGGAGAGGCGGCUCCUCGCCCUGCUUCGGGUUCGCUUGGGGUUUGUUCUUUGGGUUCCGGGGCCAGUUGCAAGAAGGUGGUUGCCGAUCGAAUCAAGUGGACGCUGCCUCCGUCUUUCAAUCCGAUGCCUUUCUUCUCGGAUGCCACCACCCGACGGGUUUACUUAGAUCCCAAUGCCCUUCGUUUGCCUGAGUCGCUCUGGCCCCGGCUUCCGCGAGCACAGGUGCACUGCUCUCGGGCCGAACUGCUGCGCUUGGCUGCGAAAUGGGACGCCUUCCAGGCCCUUCGGCUUGUUCCUUGUACCUCUGUCCCGUUCCAUGAAACGGUGGGUUGCUUCGGGGUUGCCAAGGAUUCUUCCUUUGAUAGGUUCAUCCUCAACCCGGUUGUGGCUAACUCCCGAACCCAGGGCCUCAGUAAGUUCACUAAGCUCCUUGCCCCGGGGGUGUUGCUGACCUCUGCCCACUUGCCUUCAGGGGAUCAUGUACUUAGGUUCAAUUGUGACGACCUUUCCGAAAUGUAUUAUACGUUCUCGGUGUCGCAGGCACGAGCUCAGAGGAAUACUUUGGGAGUUGCCUUUGAUCCUUCCGAACUUCAGCAGUUCAGCGUGUAUGAUCCUAUCGAGCACAACCAGCCUUGCUACCUUUCCCUAGGCACACUAGCGAUGGGAGAUUGUCAUGCGGUAGAAUUCGCACAGCAGUCACAUUUUAAUGUGCUAGGCUCGCUUGGAGGGUGUAUGCGACCGCAUGAAUAUGUCGCUUAUCGCCGCCCGGUGCCGCGAACUUCGUGCCUCGAAUUCCUUUCGAUAGAUGAUCACCUGACUGCUCAAGUGUGCUCACGCGCCCAAUUGAAGGGCUCUGCAGGGCUUCGGGACACAGCCAUCUUCGAGGGCGCUGAACGGGCUUAUCCUGCUGUGGGCUUGGUUCAACAUCCUAAGAAAAGGCAGCGCAACGUCACCACAGGGGUUUUUCUUGGAGCUGACGCCGACGGCAUUCAGGGCCUUGUUUCAGCCCCGCGGCAUCGGAUCGGCGUGCUCAUGCGCAUCACCGCGACCAUUGCUCGGAAAGGCUGCUGCUCUUCUGACCUUUUGUCUUCGGUGCUCGGCUUGUGGAUUCAUGUGCUGCUGUUUCGCAGGCCUGCUUUGGCUGUGCUCCAGGCCGUCUUCGAAGACGCCCGUCGGGAUCCACGAAACAGUGUACUGCCUUUGCAACGCGGGUCGAUCAAUGAGCUUUUCUGCUUGUGCGCUUUGGGCCCCUUACUGCAGACCGACCUUCGUGUCAAUUACCCCGGCACGCUUUUCUGCAUGGACGCUUCUCCCACUGGCGCAGGCCUGUGUGCGGCAUCUCUGCCCCCGGCCGUGCUCAAAGAACUUUGGCGCCAUGGUGAACAGAAGGGUUUUUACACUAAGCUUCUUGAACCCGCGAGCGCAUUGCUCGCUGAGCUUGAGCUUUCAGAUGAUCCGGGGAUUGACUUUGCACGGAAUGUUGGGGCCUGCGACUUCGGGGCCCGCCACUUUCUAAGAAAGUAUCUGUUCGCGAUCGACCCCACCUGGGACAAUGCCUGCUUGAACCUUGGCCUUCACCGCGUUCCUGACUCCCUUUCCUUGGCUGGCUUGCGCUUCGAAGACCUUGCUUCGGAUGAUGUUUUUCAUCAUUUACGGGGGCUGCUGACGAGCGGUGCCGUUUUCAACCUUCAUGUCUCGGCUCCAGCACUGUCCUUUGUUCCUCGUGGGCGCUGCCGCCUGCGUUCCUGUUCGUCUGCGGCGGCUUCGCACUGUCGCUCGGGUCUCCUUCGCCUUCACAAUCGCCUUGCCCGUCGCUUGUGCUUUCUCCUUUGCCUCGCUGCUUCCUCGGGUGUCUACUUCAGCGUGUCACAGCCUGCUGCGAGUUUACUCUUCCGGCUUCACUGCUUUCGGGGCCUUGUCGCUCUGGGUGGCGUUGUCACGCGCUUGUUCUGCUGUGACUUUGGCGCCCCCUACAAGCGGGCCUUGCUCUUCCUGCACAACAAGCCCUGGCGGCUUCUGCGGCUGGCCUCCUCCGGUGAUACUUGUGGCUGCCCUCCUGGAGCUAAGCACUUCCCGGUUCGUGGCACCUUUUCUGCGCCCUCUGUCGACGCUUUCUGUCGCGCUUGCAACCCGUCUGCCUCUGCGGUCUUCGGUUCUUCACCUGCGGUUGGCCAGUCGGUAUCCAGCUUCUGUGCGGCUUAUCCGGCUCCGCUUGCUCACCGGAUUGCUUCGGGCUCUGCUUUGGCCGCUUCUGGUUAUACGUUCCUCCGAUGCCCAUCGCUGCGUCUCGGGCUCUUUCACGACGACCCUGAAUGGAUCAGCGAGCUGGCUGACUGCCUCGACUUCCGCGAGCUUUUGAGGUACAAGUUUCGUAAGGGGGGCCACAUCAACAUCCUUGAGGCCCGUGCUUACAAAACCUGGAUCAAGUGGUGCUCCCGGCGGCUUCCUCACAGCCGCCUUCUCGGGCUCAUCGACAGCCGCGUUCUUCUUGGCGCGGCCGCCAAGGGCCGGCCUCCUCCUGCCCCUUCGAAAGCGUUCCCCGCCUGGCUCGCCGCGCUCGUCAAUGGUGUCCUCGGCCGUUGGGUGCGGUUCCUCUUGCUGUUGGCCGGUGACAUCGAGCGCAACCCCGGGCCUCCUUCCCGGCUUCCGCGUGGCAGUCUCGACUUGCAGUCCGGUUUCGCUACUUCCACUCGUCACAAGAUGACGAAGGCGCUCGAUGCUUUCAUCCUUUGGCUUACGGUUGAGUUCGGCCUGGGCUUCGACGCUGCCAUGUCGUCCUCGCAGUCUGCGGCCUGUGCCUUGCGUGCUUUCGACCGCUUUCCUCAGUACCGGUCGCACCUUUCACCGGCCUGGCAGAUCGACCGGAAGUGGCAGUUGGCUGAGCCGGGCGAGUGCCGCCCUUUGAUCUCCCAACCGAUUCUUCAAGCUGGCAUUGCGCUGGCCCUCUGUUGGGGUUGGUACGACUGGGCCGCUCUGACCUGUGUGGGUUUCCUCUGUAUGCUCCACCCGGCCGAAAUGAUCCCAUUGAUCCGGCAAGAUCUUGUGUUCCCUGAGGAUGCCCUGUCUCCGGACCCAGUUGCGUAUACGUGCACAUACGCAGCCCUAAGACGCAGCGGUUCGCGCGCCGCCAGCACGCUAGUCUGGAAGACCCUCUCGUGCUCCGCCUUCUUGAGGCGCUUUACUUCGACCUGCCUUUGGGUGCCCGUCUCUUUCGCGGCUCAUGUCUAUAGACGGCAGUGGAACUCCAUCAUGACUCGCCUCGGCGUGCCAUGCCAUCUCUCGGAGAAGGGCGAAGUGGUGGCGCAGCUUCUGCUCCAUCGCUUACUUGCUUGGUCACGAGAGCGAAUACGUGUGCUCUCGUCCUUCUCGCGGCCACUCUUCUUUGGUGCCGGUGCAAAGCACCCGGCAUGCGGGCCUGUCUGCCGCAUCGACCUGGAGGGACAUGCGCCUUGCCUUGGGUCAAAGCUGGGUUUCGAGGUGGCGGCAAGGGGCGCAGAAAGCCAGGAGACAGCUUCCUCCACUCACCGAAACUCGCAGAAGGAAGUCUCAACCUCAAAGGUCCACGACAUCGCCGGUCUCAAGCCGCCACAGUCGCCUGCAGACGUCCACUGCUGGGAGAGGCUGAAGCUCUUCCACAAGAAGAGGCACUCGCGAUGGCAGGUGGAAGCGACCGGCCACGUCAACCAUCUGCACGAGGACUGGGACGAUGUGUAUGUGAACAACUCCGGGACCACCACGCCCGUCAUGGACUUCGGCCCAGCUAUCCCCUUUGAAAGGCACUGCUCCGAGUCGCACCGCCUGGAGCGAACCUGUAGUAUUGACUCGGAGGGCAUCAUCCACAACCUGGAGGUUCUCUUGGCCGAAGUUUCAGGGGGGUCGCUUGCAGCACUGCUUGUGGACUUGGGCCUUGGAGAUGCAGAUUUUGCCGGCUUCGGGUUCAGUGCUUGGUUGAGGAUCAGGGGGGUUUGGCCGGUAGGUCGAUGUGCCAGCGAGAUGUUGAUCAACAAAGAGGAAGAACUCUGUUCUAUCUGCAUGGCAAAGAACUUAAUCCUCGUGAGCCCGAAUGUACGAUCACCAUAG